AUGUCUUCGGAAGAGAAGGUCUCCUCCAUCCGCUUCUCAGUCGGCUACGCUCCUAGCUCGCGCGCCAAGUGCAAGGGCUGCGGCAAGGCCAUCGCCGAGGGUGCCUUCCGCAUUGGCCGGACCUUCCCGUCACCCUUUUACGAUGGCGACAUGACCCACUGGUUCCACGCCGUCCCGUGCUUGUUCAACAAGCAGAUGCGGAUGCGGGCUACGACGUACAAGCUGCGCGACGUUGCUGAGGUCGCCGGCUUUUCCGAUGCUCGCUAUGACGAUCAGGAAAAGUUUACCGCUGCUCUUGCUGAACACGUCGCCGAUCUUGACGCCAAGGCUGCUGCCAAGGCGAGCAAGGCUGCCAAGGGCAAGGCCGCCAAGGGCAAGGCCGCCAAGGGCAAGGCCGCCAAGGGCAAGGCCGCCAAGGGCAAGGCCGCCAAGGACAAGGCUGCGGUCAAGACCGAUUCAAAGCGCAAGCGCUCGACUAGCGACGCCGACGCAGGCUCGCCCAAGAAACGAACCACCCGCUCGCGAGCGGCCAAGGAUGCUGCGGCUGCAGCGGCCGCUGCAUCCGGUUCGGGCUCGGGCUCGGGCUCGGGCUCGGGCUCAGGCUCGGAAGAUCUCGCGAGCCUCACGGUGGCCGUGCUCAAAGAGAGGCUCAAGGACGCCGGGCUCAAGACCGCUGGGCGCAAAGCCGCGCUCAUCCACCGGCUGAAGAACCACGCGGCAAAGGCGGAAGGCGCAGCAGGCGGAGGUAGUGGCGGCAAGGGCGGAGCCGACGACGAUCCUCAGGUCGUGGCGUUCAAGGAGCAGAACAAGACGCUGUGGGCGGUCCGCGACGAGCUUGCGGCGAGCUACGACAAGGCGACGUUCCUCGACGCGCUGGCGGUCAAUGGUGUCGACCGCGAGUCGGGCGGUAAGGACAAGGUGGUGGCUCAUCUCGCGGACGUUGCUGUAUUUGGCGUUCCGCCGCCAUGUCCCGAGUGUUCCGAGGCCAAGCUGCAGUUCAAGGAUGGCGCGUACCAGUGCUCGGGCUGGCUCUCCGAGUGGUCGCGGUGCGUGUACGUGGCGAGCAAGCUGCCGGCGUCUGCGCCGCCGACGGCGUUCUCGUUUGACGACGAGUCGUCUGGCACAGUGCUCGACGCGUCGCCGACGCUGCGCAAGCUGGUGAAGAGCAAGGCGCUGCCGCUAACGCGGCUGCUCUCGCCGGCGGCGCUCAAGCGGGCGCGCGAAGCCGACGAUGCCGCGGCAGCGCUCGGUCCGUCGGCCAAGCGGCGCAAGGGCCUCGCCGGAAGGUCGGCAUCGGCGGUUGUCGACCCACUUGCCGGCAAGCGGGCGGUCGGCGAGGCCGAGGCACCGCGGGUCGAGACUGUGGCGCCCAACGCCGUCGAUCCAGACUCGGGUCUCGACGACGAGGGCGUCAUCCACACCUCGGCAAGCUCGGUGUACAACGUCAUGCUCAACAUGACCGACAUUGGUGCCGGGCUCAACUCAUACUACUUGCUGCAGCUCAUCCGGGUUGGGACCGACGCGUACGUGUUUUACAAGUAUGGCCGCGUCGGCGCCCGCCGCAUGGGCUCCAAGGACCUUGUCGGGCCGAUGGACCUGGCCGACGCGCUCGACCUCUUCCACGACAAGUACGAGGGCAAGACCGGUAACGAGUGGGGCGCUGCCGAGUUUGUCAAGAAGCGCGGCAAGUACUACCCGCUCGCGCUCGCUGCCCCUGGUGACUCGGGUGGGCCGUCGGCCAUGACCGACGACGCUGCGUCGGACACCACAGUUGACGAGUCAGCGUAUGCACCGUCGACACUCCCUCCGCCGGUCCGUACGAUGGUCGACGAGAUCUUCGACGCGUCGCUCUUGCGGUCGACGCUCCUCGCCAUGCGCAUCGACGUCGACAAGAUGCCGCUCGGCCAGCUGACGGUCAAGCACCUCUCCAAGGGCUUUGCUGUUCUCAAGCUCAUCGAGAGCGAGCUGGUGAAGCCGGCGCCUUCGCGGGCCCGCCUCGUCGACUACUCGAACCGGUUCUACACGCUCGUCCCGCACAACUUUGGCCGCAGCGCCGUUCCGGUCAUCGACUCCAAGGAGACGCUCCUGGCCAAGAUUGAGGUCAUGGACACGCUCCUGGAAGUGAGCGCGUCGGUCGAGGCUCUGGACGACGCCGCCGACGCCGCCGAUGCCGCCGCAGCCGCCGCCAGCUCGGGAGCAGGCUCACACCUUCCGCAGCACCCGGCCGACUCCAAGUACGCCGCGCUCGGCGCGUCGAUCACCCCGUGCGCGCCCGACUCGGAGGCCUUCAAGAUGGUCUCGCACGCCGUCGCCAACACCCACGCCCCGACCCACUCGCGGUACAAGCUGCACGUCGAGGACGUGCUCGCCGUCGAUCGCACCGCCCACACGCUCGACACGACCACCGCGUCGGGCGUCGACAACCGCAAGCUGCUCUGGCACGGCACUCGCGUUUCUAACAUGGCUGGCAUCCUCUCGCAAGGCCUUCGCAUCGCCCCGCCCGAGGCUCCGGUCACCGGCUACAUGUUUGGCAAGGGCGUGUACCUCGCCGACAUGGUCUCCAAAGCCGCCAACUACUGCUGGGCCACAAAGGAUGCGCCGUGCGGAUACCUCAUCCUCGCCGAGGCUGUCAUCGGCAAGCCGUACCGCGCCCGCGCCGCCGAGGCCCUCGAAGGCCCGCCCGAGGGCCUCGACUCGACCAUGGGUGAGGGCAAGACCGUGCCCAACCCUGCCCACAACUUUCCGUCUGACCACGGCGCGCUCGCUGUGGGCAAGCCCGUCUCGGCCAAGCUCGACACCGACUCGGAGCUGCUAUACAACGAGUUUAUCGUCUACGCCGAAGAUAAGGUCAAAAUCCGCUACGUGGUCAAGGUCCGCUUCGACUUUGACUAGUAGGCCAGUCUCUCGUGCCGCGCCCGCUGCUACGCCCGUGCUCGCGCCCGCUCCUCGCGCUUGCGCUGGCCCUCGGCCAUGGCUUUGGCCAGCGAUGCACGGUCCUCGUCGGACGCGUUGCGGUACAUCGACUGGAUGAGCUCCAUCGUCGUGGCGCCCGACUCGGCGAGCGCCCGGUGCUCCUCCGACUUACGCUUCUUCUCGUCGCUCACGCCGGACCACUCGACGCCGCGCUCAGCCUUGGCCAGCC